AUGGAUCUGUUGGCAGUUACGAAAAUUGAAGAUUAUCCUCAAAAUUACUUAAAGGGUAUAAAAGAUAGAAAUGGUCAUCAAACUGAUAACACAAUUAAAGUAGAAACUACGGGAGCAGUAAAACUAGAACCAUUCGCGGACGAUGCAAAGCAAUUUAAUACAGAUUUCGAUUAUGGUCUUCGUAAGCAGAAUGAAGAAAUCAGUGUUAAAAAAAAGUUUGAUGAUCAACAUAGACUCAAAACGCACAUCGAAACGACGCUCAGUGGUACCGACAAAGAAUGCAAAAUAUGUCGCAAGAAAUUAUCGAAUAGUAGUUUGAAAUCCCACAUCGAUUCGGUCCAUCAUAAAAUCACACACACAUUCCUACACAAACGCAAUCUCGAAGUCCAUCACGAGACGUUACAUAAAGGUAUCACCCACACAUGUGAUACAUGUGGAAAGUCAUUUACUCGAAAAGAUAAUCUCAGAAGGCAUAUUGAUUCGUUGCACAAUGGUAUCACUUAUACAUGUGAUACUUGCAGAAAGUCAUUCGCAAGUAAGGACUACCUCAAGUCCCACAUAGAUGCGUUGCACAAGGGUGUCAAAUACACGUGCGAUACAUGCGGAAAGUCAUUUCCACGAGAAAAAAAUCUCAAAAUUCACAUUGACGGAUUUCACAAUGAUAUCACACAUCCAUGCGAUAUGUGUGGAAAAACAUUCAAAUCGAAGGGUGAUCUCAAAGUUCACAUUAAUGCGAAGCACAAUGGUGUCACCUAUACAUGUGAUACUUGCGGAAAGAUAUUUCUCUACAAAUGCAGUCUCAAAGUCCACCUCGAAACAAUACAUAAAUGUAUCACCCACACAUGUGAUGCAUGUGGAAAGUCUUUUACUCAAAAAGGUAAUCUCAGAAAGCAUAUUCAAUCGGUGCAAGAUGGUGUCAUACUAUCAUGUGAUUUAUGCGGAAAGUCAUUCGAAAAUAAGGACUGCCUCAAGUACCACAUAAGUGCAUUGCACAACGGUGCCAAAUGCACGUGCGAUACAUGCGGAAAGUCAUUUACUAAAAAAAGUAGUCUCAAAACUCACAUCGACGGAAUACACAAUCGUAUCACACAUCCAUGUAAUAUGUGUGGAAAGUCAUAUGCUCAGAAAAGUAGUCUCAAAAAACACAUCGAUACGGUACACCAUGGUGUCACCCAUACAAGCGAUACUUGUGAAAAAACAUUUUGUGAUAUGAAUUCUCUGAAAAAAAACACACCAGGACUGUGCACAAAAAUGUUACUCACCGAUGUGAUACAUGCGGAAAGACAUUUACACUAA